AUGCUGAAAGCCAGAAGAAAUAAGCAUAAUUUGGAAACUAUUUGUGAUGAAGAUGGUAAUAGAUAUGAAGGAGAUGAGGUGGCACCACAGUUUGUGAAUCAUUUUAAUAAGUUUCUUGGGAAAACUGAUGGUGUGGAGCCAUUAAUGGAGGGAAUAUUCAAGAAUGUUCUGAACGAGGAGGAUGCAAGGGGAAUGACCAGAGAUGUGACUGAUUUAGAAAUAAAAGAAGCUAUCUUUGACAUAAAUAGCAAAAAAGUUGCUGAACCAGAUGGUUAUACUUCUGGAUUUUUCAAAAAGGCUUGGGAUUUGAUUGGAAGAGAUAUAGCUACUCCUAAUAAGGUGUCAGAUUUUAGACCUAUUGCUUGUUGCAAUGUGAUUUACAAGUGCAUAAGCAAAAUUCUCACUAAGAGAAUUCAGGAGGGUCUUGCAAAGAUAGUUCAUAUUAAUCAGAGUGCCUUUAUUUCUGGGAGACACAUUCAAGAUAACAUUUUAAUUGCUCAAGAGCUUCUAAGGGAAUAUAAUAGGAAAAGUGGUCCUAAAAGGUGUACUAUGCAGAUAGACAUUCAAAAGGCAUAUGAUACUUUGUAUGCAAAGGCAAUGUUGGAUCUGCCAAAAGUGGUUAAGAAGUCUUUGGAUGAAUUCUCAAAAGUGUCUGGUCUAAUUCCUAAUUUAGAAAAAAGUGUCAUUUUCUUUGAAGUAUACCAGAAAGAGAUAAGCAGGAUAUGA